UUACACUGAAAUAUAUUAUAGUUAGAUAUCAUAAAACAACAUAAUUAACUUCAAAAAGCAUAAGACAUUAAAAAAACAUAUUUAAUUAUAUUUGCUUUUUUCUUUGGUAAUAAGAAAUUAUUACCAAAGAUAUAAUAGUAUUAUUAUCACAUAGUGAUAAUAUUAUAUUUUUUUAGUGUUCAUCACAAGAAGCCUUAGACCCGUUUAGAGAGGGUGAGUCAUUGAAGACUCUUACAUUUGCCUCUCUCUGAAUUAGGACACACACAAAUUGAUUGUAAGUUUGAUGAUUAGUGUUCCGUGCAGUGCUACAUUCAUACAAUGUCGAUCGACAAGAGUUGGAUUAAUUUGACAGAUCGAUUAUCCGAUGAGUAUGAGGCUGGUGUGAUGGAUUUUCUCCAGAGAGCCCGGCAGUGCGUUGACUCAAGGGGAUUGGUGAAAUGUCCGUGUAGGAGGUGUGUCAACGUUGAAUUUCAGACAAUUGAUGUAUUAGAAAAUCAUCUUUUUGUAAAUGGUUUUCUACGGAAAUAUACCAAUUGGCAUUGGCAUGGAGAGGAUGAAAUAAUACCAAUGAGAGCUCGGAUAGAUCAAAAUGAUGAAGAUGAGAUGAUGGAUGUUCUCACUGAUCUUAUGCAAAAUGACAAUGACGAACAAGCGGAGAAUGAGCGCGGUCAAGAGAUACCUACAACUGACUACAGGAGUGGGCAACAUUAUAACGAUUUGUUUGCUGAGAUCGAGGCUCCAUUAUUCCCCGGGUGUCAAAAUUACACUUCAUUGAAUUUCCUAGUGAAGUUAAUGCAUUUCAAAGUGUUGGGAAAAAUUCCCAACAAAAUAUUUGAUGGAAUGCUGGAGUUGUUACAUGAUGCAUUUCCAGCCCCAAAUAAGCUUCCAAAAUCGCACUAUGCAGCGAAAAGGUUGUUGCGGAAACUUGGAUUGGGCUACGAGUCAAUCCAUGUCUGCAAGCAUGAUUGCGCACUGUUUUGGAAAGAACAUGCUGGAAAAAGCAAAUGUCCUGUUUGUGGAGAGGAUCGAUGGGUGGACAAGAACACCAAGGGAAAGAAAGUGCCUCAUAAAGUGAUGCGUUAUUUUCCUUUAACCCCUAGGUUAAUGCGAAAAUAUGCAUCGAGGCACAUUGCUCAACAUAUGAGAUGGCAUCACGAGCAACGUAUAAAAGAAGAUGGUGUAUUGCGUCAUCCUGCUGAUGGGAAAGCUUGGAAGGACUUUGACCGAAAUAAUCCAACAUUUGCAAUGGAACCCAGGAAUGUGCGGCUUGGAUUGGCUGCAGAUGGAUUCAAUCCCUUUGGUAAUAUGAGUCUGUCUUAUAGUAUGUGGCCAGUAGUGUUGACGACAUAUAACUUGCCACCAUGGUUGUGCAUGAGAGAAACUAAUUUCAUGUUGAGUUUAUUAAUUCCGGGACCUCAUUCGCCAGGAAAAGAUUUUGAUGUUUUCUUAAGACCAUUGAUUGAUGAGUUAAAAGAAUUAUGGGUGACUGGUGUACAGACUCGAGAUGCAGUCGAUGGCAGUUUCUUCACUCUUCGGGCAGCUUUGAUGUGGACUAUAAACGAUUACCCAGCAAGGAGUAGCCUUUCUGGAUGGACUGCUCAAGGUUAUCAUGCUUGCUCUACUUGCAAUGUGGCAACACCAUCUAUUCGUUUACAAAAGAAGGUUGCUUUUUAUGGUCAUAGACAUUUUUUACCAAUCAGACAUGUCAUUAGAAGGGACAAGAAGACAUAUGGUGUCGUUGAAAAGAGAUUACCACCACAGCCAUUAACCAUGCAAGAAAUGUUCACACAAAUGAGUUUUAUACCUGAUUCUCUUCCUGGUAAGCAUGUCAGUUAUGGCGGCCAAAAAAGAAAGCGUACAAAAGAGCAAGUUGGUUGGCGGAAAAAAAGUAUAUUUUUUGAGCUCCCAUAUUGGGCCAACAUAAUGCUGCGACACAAUCUAGAUGUUAUGCAUGUUGAGAAAAAUGUGUGUGACAGUUUAGUAGGCACAAUAGUUGGGCUGGAGAAUAAGACCAAAGACACAGUUAGUGCCAGAGUAGACUUGGAGAAGAUGAAGAUGAGACCAGAGUUACAGCUGAGGAAGUUGAAUGGUCGGAUACAAAAGCCUGCGGCCAAAUUCACUUUCACUGUUGAAGAUCGCCAAAAGUUUUGUCGAUUUCUUAAAUCAGUGAAGUUUCCAGAUGGUUUUGGAUCUAACCUAAGGAAAAAUGUGAUUGACAAUGACAAUAAGAUAACUGGUUUGAAAUCGCAUGAUUGUCACAUCAUUAUGCAACGCCUUUUGCCAGUUGGUGUGCAUGCAUUCCUAGAGAAAUCAAUGAGUACAACUAUUAUUGAGUUAUGCACUUUCUUCAAGCUCAUUUGUGCGAGAACUCUAAAAGUCUCAGAUUUAGAAAAAGUCCAAACUUCAAUUGUUGAGAUUGUUUGCAAGUUAGAGAAUAUUUUCCCACCUGCUUUUUUCGAUAUCAUGGUCCAUCUACUAAUACAUUUACCGGAAGAAGCAAUACUUGGAGGACCGGUUCACAUGAGGUGGAUGUAUCCUUUUGAAAGGUAUAUGAAAAAAUUGAAGAAUUAUGUCUGUAACAAAGCACGUCCAGAGGGCUCAAUAGCAGAAGGAUAUGUGGUUGAUGAGGCAUUAACAUUUUGCUCCAUGUACUUGAAAGGUGUUGAGACAAAGUUCAAUCGUCCAGACCGAAAUGUAGAUGUUGGUCCAUCACUUAAAAAGAUGUCGGUCUUUCGAUCUCAGGGUCGUCCAAUUGGUAAGAAAUCAUUGACAAUUUUGGAAGAUGAAGUGAAGAAAAUAGCAGAUUGGUAUAUUCUAAACAACUGCAAUGAGAUCUUGCCAUAUCUUCGAGAGCAUAGGGAAAUUUUACAGACUAGAGGUGUUGAAAACCUAGACCAAUUACAUAGAGAGGAAUUUCCUAAUUGGUUUUAUAAUAAGAUUUAUCAUCUUCGACAAACAGGAUCCUUGGAAGUAGAUGAAGAAUUAAUCUCUUUAGCAAACGGUUCUUCAACUCGUGUUGCGUCGUACCCUGGGUGUGUUGUAAAUGGAGUAAGAUUUUUGUGUUAUGACAGGGACAAGAAUCGCAAAACUCAAAAUAGUGGAGUCUCUGUAGCGGGUGUCGAAAAUAGUACUUAUUACGGCCAGUUGGAAGAAGUUUUAGUGAUGUCUUAUCUUUCUGGUUGUUCUGUUGUAUUAUUUAAGUGCAAAUGGUUUGACACUAAUCGGUCUUCAGGAUUAAAGUUUGAGCAAAACAUAACGAGUAUCAAAACCAGUUCGGAGGCCUUCAAAGAUGAUAAAUUUAUCUUAGCAACUCAGGCUAACCAAGUUUUCUACAUUGAAGACCUUAAAAAUAAAUCUCAUUGGAAAGUCGUCCAAGAAGUGCAUCACAGAAAUGUGUGGGACAUCCCACUAGUUGAAGAACAAGCGGAGGAUGUAGAAGUAGAUGUUAUGCACGACACUAGUUCCUCUAAUUUCCAAUUAUUCGUUGAUCUUGGACCGUUGCCACAAAUCAGCUUUGAACGUACGGGGGCUCCAUUACAAUUUGUUGAGAUAGAUAAUGUUGCAAUUGAGGAGGAGAGGGAGGAGGAAAUGGAAGAAGAAGAGGAGGAGGAGGAAGAGGAAGUGGAGGAGGAGGAGGAGGAGGUUGAAUAUGAAGAUGAUGAAGAGGAAGAUGAACACAUAGAAACCGAUGAUGAUAGUGAAGAUUAUUAUAGUGAUAAUUAAGUGAUAUGGCUGAUGUUAUUGCUCAAUCUCACGGGGGUGAUGGUGGAGGAUGCGAUCCUCCACGUGGACCGGCAGAUAUCCCAGCUGAUUGUGAACGAGGUAAUAUUUUACACAUUGAUAUACUCCUUAAAAUUUAACAAUUAAUCCAUAUUAAUUUUAAAAUAUUGAAUUUGCAUACAAUAGCGCCUCCAAGUAAACGUGGACGCCAUAAGGGAUUGAACACGCGGGAAAAGAGGGAACAGUUGGGGCGUCCUCUCCCUCUCGAGUGGGAUGUGCGGGGGAGAACAUAUAAAGAGAUCGGAGAGUACAGCUCAAAUUUCUCAAGAGAGCUCGGAUUACUUGUUCGACAGUACACAGAUCCGGACUGUCCUCAAUGGUCAAAAGUACCAAAUGCCUCGAAAGAAAGAAUACUUGCACAUUUGGAAGUAAGUAGUUUAUGUAUUUUUAUCUUAAUUCUUAUUUUAUGUUAUAUAUGAUAUUUACUAAUAAAUGUUUGUAAAUUAGGAUGAUUUGUUUGAUAUUGGGCGUACUA